AUGCAUAUUGAACUAGAACAGAAACAAUAUCAUCAUGGUCAUCGACAGAUAUGGACAAAUAUCAGAGAUUUAUUAAAGAGUUGUUUCGGUUUUCGAUCUAAAAAUAAUCGUUUAUUUAAUAAAGAUGGUUCACUUAUUGAUGUAAAUCAUUUACGAACAAAUAUUUCUAAUCAUCAACAAUCUUAUAAACAACGUCAACAAACAUGGCCUUAUUUAUUAAAUAUUUAUUCACCAUCAAUGACUAAUUAUGACAAAAAAAUCUAUCAAAAUCAAGCACAAAUUCGUUAUAAUAAAUUAAAACGAGUAUGGCAAGAACGUAUUUCUCGUGGUGAUCAAUUUUAUCUCGUAUUAGCUGAUAAAAUAUUGCGAGAUGUUCAUCGUACUGAUAGACAUGUUAAGUUUAUCAAAAAGAAAAAAGAAAUUUUAUUUAAUAUAAUGAUGACUUAUAGUGUUUAUCAUCCGUAUCCUUGUUAUAGUCAAGGUAUGAGUGAUAUGUUAACUCCCAUUGUUUAUGUAUUUGUUGAUGAAUCAUUAAGUUAUUUUGCAUAUUGUUCAUUAAUGACUCGUUAUAUGAAUUUAUUAUUUGAUCAAGAUCAAAUUGAAAUAAAUCAUCGUCUUUAUUUAUUUAAUUUAUUAUUUCAUUCCAUUGAUAAUGAACUUUGGAAGAAAAUUUAUUUUAAUCAAGAAGAAGAAGAAAAGAAUUUGUUUGUUUAUCGUUGGUUAUUACUUGAUUGUAAAAGAGAAUUUUAUCGAUUUGAUGAUAUUCUUCGUGUACUUGAACUUAUUUGGAUUAAUUCAAUAUCUUCAUCAAUAAUAACAAAUCAUAAUCGAUCAUUAUUUACAAUAUUUAUUUGUAUAUCGAUUUUACAAGAAGAUCGAAUGAAAAUUUUAUCUUAUUCGAAUGAAGAAGACUUAAAUAAAUAUUUUUAUUCAUCAUUAUCAUCUAAAUCUCGUCAUCAUUCAACAAAACGAAUCUUAGAAAGAGCACAAAAAUAUUAUUUGAAUUAUACAUCAUCAAAGAAAUAA